AUGGCCUCCGUCACGCGCUCCACCAGGAGGGCGACGAACACUGAAGGCCUCGUCCAGCAGCAGCUUCACCCGGUGCCCAUCCCACGCCCCCAUCACCAUCCCGUCCAGGCCUUCGCUACCAACACGAACACGGCGACGCGCGCCGCCAAUAGCCCCCAAAACGUCAACACCUACCAUCAUUCCAUACCCGGUCGCACCAAGCGCCAGCUCGACUCGCCCGACAACCUCGUCGAUUUCAAUCACCAGAAACCCAAGCGACCGAGGACCAGCAUCGAGAUCCUCAUUAGGCCUGCCCCGUCGCCCGCGAGACCUGCCGACGCCAACGCGACCACCCCCAACGUCACCGCGACUCCGCAACCGACCACCACGACAACGCCUCGACCGCCCGGCCCCCUAACAAAGACUACGCCCAAAUCAGCACCCCAACACGUCGCGACAGUGCAUCCCCCCAAUCCCACCCCGCUUCCCGCCAGCAACGAUGCUUCUCACUUGACCAAACACCAAGAAAAGGUCAUCAACGGUAUUAAACACGAGCUGGACCGCCUGCAGCCCCGCCAGGUAGAUACCCACACAAAGGAGGGGGGUCGCAAACUACGAUCCCAGGAGGCCACUCGCUUCAAGAGCGAACUGUCGGCCUACUUCUCCGAGUACGAUGAGGUCAUUGGGAAUGAGCCCAAGGAACAGCAACUCUUCACUAUAGAUACCCCGAUAGUCAUUUUUGACUCGAACCCCAUACGCCACCAGUCAGUCGCCUGGCAUCGACAUCUGGGCACCUCCGCAGAAUCCAAAGCCAUACAUGAUGGCCCAGCAAGUUUGCCAGAGGGGCACCAGGUGCCAGUGCGUGGCUACGGCGAUGCUUUGUUUGACGAGCUCGUCGAUGCCCAGCGCAUAGAUUUUGAUUUCCUGGGCAUCUCCCAUAAAAGAGAACCCGUCGAGGAUCCUCUCCCCGAUGCAACCUUUGUUUCAGCCCACAAGAGGGCGGAAAGACUGGAAAAGUCCAUCCGCAACACGGAAAGGGGCCGGGCCCAGCAUGAAAAGGACCAGAUUGCCCGCCUGCUCGACGGCCUUCAAGGCCACGACUGGUUGCGAGUCAUGGGUGUCAGUGGUGUGACGGAGACGAGGAAGAAGCAGUUCGAGCCGGCGCGGCAGCAUUUUGUCAAAGGCUGUCAGGCGAUUCUCGACAAGUUCCGUCAGUGGAGCCUGGAAGAAAAACGUCGCAAGGCCGAGAAAGACCGCGCUGUGGCCGAGAAGGCAGAGGCGGAAGACUCAUCCGAGGACCGGUCACCUAUGGAGUCCGCAAGCGGCGAGGAAGCUGCUCAGGAAGAUGGGCGUAGUGGCGAUAUCAGUGACGGGGACCCUCCGGGCUCUGAUGAUGAUGACGACGACGACGACGACGACGGUGACAGUGACGACGAUGGCGACUCAGUGACCCAACAGCUUCGCGAAGAAGCCAAAGCAAAGUCGGGCGCGUCGAGGAACAGCAGGAAGCGCCUGCGAGUCACACCACAACCUCGGCCCCCGCCAAAGCCUGAACCCCCAAGGGAGUUCAAGUCGUUCUUCAAGAAGAGGUACGAAAGGGACGCCGCCUUGCAUCGGCACAGGCGUACCGGCCGCAAGGUGGUGGCGUGGGGACACCCUGUACCAGAGAUGCCCGAGGCGGAUUUCAAUCUUCCUGAAGAGUUUCGCGACGAGGAGACGCUGAGAGUGCAUGCGAGGAAGAAGCGUCGUGAUCGCCGAGGUCGGCACUGA